AUGUGGACUGAAUGGUUGAAUUUGUUUAUGUCUGUGAUUGAUAAACAUGCCCCACUUAAAAAGAAACGUAUAGGGAAACGAAAGUCUCCCCGGAUUACUUCACAUGUAGUUCAGAAAAUUCGCGAAAGAGAUUAUCUAAAAAGGCAAUUCGAUAUUACACGUGACGAUGAAAUUUGGUUACAAUAUAAGAAAGCUCGAAAUGAAGCUAACAACACUAUUAGGCAGGCUAAACAUAACUACUUUAUCACUAAUAUUGAGGCUGCACGAAAAGAUCCAAGGAAAACUUGGAGACUAGUCAACGAUCUGAACUCUCGUAAAGUGAGUGAUGUAACCAGUGUCAAGAAAGUCAAUCUUGACGGUAAUGAAAUCACUAAUGCGGCUGAAAUUUCGGAUGCCUUUAAUUCAUAUUUCACCUCGAUAGGAGAGAAACUUGCGAACAAAAUACCUAGCUCGAAUGUUAAUCCCGUUUCUUAUAUUCAAUCCACACAUAGUGUGCUUUCUUUCGAGAAAAUUGGUUUGUCCACUGUAAAUUGUUUGCUAAAAACGAUUAAUGCUAACAAAGCGACCGGCCCUGAUAAAAUUCCAG